AUGCCCUCGGGGAAGACGCUCAAGCUCAUCCUGUAUGAGGUGCUGCAGUAUGCGGCCCUCAUCAUACCUUUAUUUGUGAUUAUGGAGAGGUUUGCCCGCCUCAUACACGAUGUGAAAGGACAGGAUCUCACGGCCUACUGGCUGGUGGUGGCAGCCUCCGUCGCCUAUGUGACCUCCGUGACCCUGCUGGUGUGGGUUCCUCUGAAAUAUCUGAUCCUGAGGCGGCGGAGGUUUAUCUCGGAGAUCACACAGUGGAGACCAACGGCUCUGGCGUAUCUCAUCCUGUGCACGUUACCGUGCUUUGCUAUUUUAAUAGCCAGCUCCAAGGUGCAGGUGGACAGAGGGCAAACGCGCGACCAUUUCGCUGAGUUGCCCGUUUCCUUGGUGCUUUUCUCUCUCAUCUGUGUGGAUAUCAUAGAGAGGAUUCGCCCCUGCAAGCUCAUUGGUGAAUCAGACAGCCUGGAUUCUGACUUUGACAUACAUGGCCCCGUGCUCACUCACCUGGACCAGGUGACCACCGUAACCGGCCAGCUGCACGCUGAUGAAAGCCAGAACGGAUUGACCCAAGGCCACCCAGAGGCCAGAAAUGGCAGCACCUCUGGCAGAUGGCAGGACCUCGCUGGCUCACCCAGCCACUCAACACCCAGCUCACGAGCUCCCAGCACCGCCUACCUGUACUCCUCAUCCUCACGCCCGCGAUCCCACUCGGGUCCUCUGGGCUUCCUGUGGAGGAAGGACAGGAGGUCGGAGGUGUUUGUGGAGAGCUUCCUGUUCUGGUUUGACACUGUGGAGAUGGUGAGAGUGGCAGGAGACCAGUCAGUCUUCUACUCGGCCUGGGUGUUCCCCGUCUACAUCCUCGCCUUCAUGUCCACUCUCCGCAUGGUCAUCACGCCUCACAACCCUUUAUUGUGUUUUGCUGGAGUCGCUCUGCAGGACUUUCCUUUCUUAAUAAUUCGAGUCGCUCUCAUUGUCGUGUUUGAUUUUGUAACUCCAGUGUUGUACCCACUGAAAAAUGUGCUGGUGAGCCUGACUUUUAUCUACUUUACAUUCCUGAGUAAGCUGAGGCUUUUCAGAAGGCAGAGCAUGUUUUGAGGAGGAGUGGCGCGUUCUGUUGUUAAUGAGAGAUCGGCUUUGAUUGUGGA